UCAAAUGAGACAUUUAAGUCUCCAGAUUUCUCUUUUGGAAGGCAAAAUGGUUUCAUCUGAUAAACCAAAUCCCGUUUACGACAUCAGAAUCUCCACAGUUGCACCAGGGUUUAUAUCUGGCCACGAUGCAGCUCAGGAGCUAUCCACCAUGGACCUAGCCAUGAAGCUUCACUACCUUCGGUUCGUAUUCUACUUCCCAUCCCCAGCUUUUGAUGGCUUUACCAUCUUGAACAUCAAGGAGAGCAUGUUCAAUUGGUUAAGCCAUGCAUAUAUCCCAUGUGGUCGGUUUAGGAGGUCUGACUCAGGUCGGCCCUACAUCAAAUGCAAUGAUAGCGGUGUGCGAAUCAUCGAGGCUAAGUGUCAUCUGGGUCUCGACGAAUGGUUGGAAUCGAGAGAUGAUUCUAGAAACACGCUUCUUGUCCCCAACAAUGUUAUUGGUCCUGAUUUUACCUUCUCUCCCUUGGUUAUGAUACAGUUGACCAAGUUUAAAUGUGGUGGAACAUCUGUCGGCAUGAGUUGGUCCCAUGUUCUUGGAGAUGCUUUUUCGGCGAUGGGCUUCAUCAAACUAUGGGCUCAAGCCAUUGUGGGCCAUUACCCGGCCCAACCACUCACCAUGGCCCAACCACAAGUCCAUGCUCGCAAUUGCCAAAGCCUAAAUCCGAGCCCAGAUCCACUUUCCGUAAAACGGGUUGACCCAGUUGGGGACCUUUGGUCUACUUCAAAUACAUCCAAAUUGGAAACAUUUUCCUUGUGUAUCUCGACUUCCGAGUUGAUUCGGUUGCAAGCAAAGAUAUGUCGAGAGAAAGGUGAACGGAAAAUUUCCCCGUUUGAGUGUAUAUGUGUUGUGAUUUGGCAGUGUGUGGCGAAAGCUAGACAGGGGUUGGGACCUGAGGCCGUGACGAUAUGCAGAAGUGAUAUGAGGAACCGCGCUAAAGGAAUCAUCACGAAUAAAAGUCAAACCAUCAGUUUGGUCAAAACAGACUUAUCUGUAGCGAAAUCUGACCCGAUGGAACUAGGGUUGUUGAUCAUGAACCAAGCAGUGGACGAACGAAUGAAGAUUGAAGAAACAAUAGAGAGAGACGACGAGCUUCCUGAUUUUCUCAUUUACGGGGCAAAUUUGACUUUUGUGGAUCUAAGUGAUGUCCCAUUUUAUGAAAUGGAAGUGAGAGGACAGAAGCCCGCGUACGUAAACUACGCUAUUGAUAAUAUCGGUGACGAAGGUGUCGUCUUGGUUCUUCCAACACCAAAAAACUGCCCUGACGGAAAGAUGGUAAGUGUAACGUUGCCAGAAAAUCAAGUGGUCGAGCUUAAAUCAACGCUUAAAGAAGAUUGGUGCAUUGCGUAAACUCAUGUACGAUUCGAUGUGUUUGAUCGAAUCAUAUGUUUGAUGAUUUGAUGAAUAGUGCAUGUACCAUUGACUAUCCAAUAAAUUAUUUUAAAUGC